GUUGUAUUUUCUUGAAUGGAGACUCACAGGUGAAGCAUCCACUUUGGCGUGCAAUCCAUCUUUUAUCCUGCUCUCCAUUCAAACUCUUAGACCACCCGCAUCGGGAGUUUAUGAGAGAGUCAUGGGCUCGGUAUCAUAGGCCUUAUCGAUUAAAAGAAAUGAAUAAAUGGGUUUUAACCCGUGAACCGGGUCUUCCAAGUGAGCCCGUAUGAUACGGGGUCAUGCCACGCGGCGCAGAGGGAGUGGCUACGCGAUCGCGCGGGUUGACUGCGAAAAAAUGGGUUUCGCGUGAAAGACCCCAUUUUCCCUUCUCUCUUCGAAAUCUAGGGUUUCUCCGUCUGUGAAGCGAUUUCGUGUCGGGGUCCAGAGCCGGAGAUUUUGUCGAUCAAUUCGUCGUCGGAGUCACUCGUAAACGCUCUCAGAUGGAAACUCCCCGAGAACCUCAUUUCUUCAAGCCUCUUCUUCCUGGUUUUCAAAGUGGCGUCGCAAUACCACUUGACUUCUACUCAAAACACAUACAAGGGGCUGAGAUCAAUAAACCAUGGAAGCUAAGAUCGGACGCUUCGGAUCAAAUCUGGAAGGUCAUCCGAGAAGGCAGGACACUCACGAAAGGUUGGAAAGAGUUCACCGAAGCACAUGAUCUUCGAAUCGGUGACAUUGUCAUCUUCAAACACGAAGGAGACAUGGUCUUUCAUGUGACUCCUUUUGGUCCUAGCUGUUGUGAGAUUCAGUUUACAAAUCCUCACAUCGCUAAGGAAGAAGCCGACGCGGAUGAUGCUCAUACUUUCUCAUACGACUACUGCUUCUUGGCUGAGGUUACUCCUACAAAUCAAAAGGACGACAAAAUGUUUCUUCCUGUGGAAGCUAUGAGGUGUGGUGCUUUGAACCAACAAUGCAAAGAGGUCAAACUUGUCAACAAGGAGGGAAAGUCAUGGACUGCGCGCUUCGGAUUUAGCGAAUCAGACGGUGCAUAUUACAUCAGCAGAGGGUGGAGAAAGUUCUGUCGUGAUAACAGAUGCACCAACGGAGAUUUGUUUGUGUUCAACGUGGUUGGAGACGGGACGACAACUCCAUUACUGUGUGUAUGUCCGGAAAGGAAGGAGUGUACUGAACUACUGAUCAAGCACUUCAGCAGAAUCGAUGGUAGCAUUGCUUCUACCUCACGAAAUUAGAUGGCUCUUUUGCGGUCUUUCCUCUCUAUCAUCUUAACUUGUUUCUUUUUGUUUCAUUAGCAACUUAUCAACUUAUGUAUUUCGCUUUGUAAAACUUGAAUGGUUUUUCUAUGUGAACUUUUAUCCUAAGUUAAACAUUCUCGAACUUAA